UCAGGGGGUGUACAGGCCACGAGUUUUUUUACGAAUAGCUUUUACCUGCGGCUACUUCAUAUUUUAAACGUUGCUGUUGUGUUUUUCGGGAAAUAUCAUGGCGAUUCCAAGUUACCAUUUGUUGACGUUCGUGCUGCUGAUCACAACCAUGGUUUCUCAACGGAAGGUACUGGCGGAUGAUUGUACCAAAAUUAGCGCUUGCAGUUGUAAGAACUCACAAGGGACCAUAGAUCUGUCACCAUUGGAUAGCGGAGGUGGAGACCCAAAAUUUAAAGAUAUCCAGUCUUCUGACGCUGGGGGUAACUCUUUUUCCUGGAAUCCGUGCACACCAUUCUCUGAGGGGGACGGCACCUGUACAAAUGUGGCGGCCUGUCAGGUUCAACCGGGAUCUCCGCCAUCAUACUUCUCCACGGGAACCCAGGACUCGGCCACAUUUGCCACAGAUCCUUCGUCAGGUGUCUUAACUUUGCAGUACUCCGCUACUACAGACGUCACAAGGACAACCUACGUCACUCUCACAUGUGAUCAAAGUCAGGACCCUGGGCAGGUUACGGCGACAGGAGAAGAUCCUACCAUACAGGCGGAAUACAACAUGGAAUAUACCGGAAAGUACGCCUGUCCCACUUCGAACCCACCAUCGCCCACGCCCUCCGGAGGAGGAGGAGGAGGGCUCUCAGUGGGCAGUAUACUGUGCAUUGUAUUUUUUGCACUUAUCAUUGUGUACGUUGCCAUCGGAAUAGUUGUCCAGAUCUUCGUCCGAAAAGCGUCCGGAAAGGAAAUCAUACCUAAUGUCGGAUUCUGGUCACGUCUGCCGGGGCUUGUGAGGGAUGGUACAUUGUUCGUUGUAAGGCGAGGACAGCACCCAAAAAAGGGCUACAGUGACAUUUGAUGAAAACACGUCAAAUUUAGAGAGCAGGGCAGAGAUGAACCAGUAUUUGUCAUCCCAGUCAUCGUAUUUAUUUGUCUGGAAAAAAAAAACAGCCACUUUCUGUUUAUGACACUAAACAGACGUACAUUGAGUAUGUUUAUGUUUUCCUUUCUUCCUGACAUCAUUACCUGUCUAUUCUGAUUUGUGUAAUUUUCAAAUUCACUUGUAAAACGGAUGUUACUGACUGCAUUAAUAUAACACAAUAAGUCACUGUCAGAUUUUAUCAGAUAGGUACUCUGAUGUGUGCAUACGGGUUUUUAUAACACAAUGACCUCAUCGCAUAAGGUAUUUAGUAAACAUUCCGACUCAAGAAAAUUCUGAUUAAAAAUCAAAUUGAUCAGUGCAAUUUGACAUAAUUACUAAACAUUUUACCACUGAGGGAUUGUUUUGCCUAAGAUGGAAAAAGGUAAGGGAAUGGCGAACAUUUGUCAAGGGAGUAUGGUCAGUUCAAAAGGUCGUAGUAUGAGACAUAGAUGGUCAGAAAACUUUUCACAUUCUAAGCAGAGAUUCAAGACCUUUUUUAUACAGGACCAUAUUUGUUUUACUACUAUUAAAGGAAAAAAAAACACUAACUUGAUUUAUGUGUCAGAUGAAAGCCGACUAAAAACUGUCCACAAAACUUACUGUUGAUAUUUUUUUAACACUUUUUCAUCACCGAAAAAUCUAUGGAUACGUUAUCUGACAAUAUCGGGACCAGUGACAUCACAAUCACAUCAGGUUUUUGCCAGUUACCAAACAUACACCAUUUAGUUUCAUCUUAUUAAAUGUAUAUACAUGUUGAUCUAUGAAUGUACUUGCCAAAUAGACUUUGAAACAAAGUAUUGAAUAUGUAGGUGUCGUCACUGAUACCUUCUGGGUCAGUAAACACCAAAGCAGUUUCUGAUGUUUGAAAACCAUUCUAAAACAAUAAAUCGAACUAUUUUCAUGAUUAGUGGUUUAAUAGUCUUUCACCUGAUAUACCCUUCAUUUUAGUGUUGACUUUUUUUCCUUUAAAGAGGGAGAUGACGAUUUAAUUUCUAAAAAUCAAACAGAAUAAUACGAAUCAGUAAUUGUGAAAGAUAUAUUCUUGCUAUGAUUUUGUUUAGAGGAUGACAAUUCUUGUGUCCAAUGUCAUGAUAUGUAUGAUCUUUUUUAUGUCAUUCGAUCGUAACGUGUAAAGGCGUAACUUGUAGCAAAUUAUUGAGAAACUUUGCACCUGGAAACCUCGAAAGAUAUAAUUGCUUUUCUUUAAUCCAUAUAUAACAUGUUUUGACGAACACUGCAAACUAUCUCGUAUGCAUUUUGCACACAAAUACACAGCAGCCUGGUUUGGCUUUAAUGUUGCCUAUCACAGAUGCAGCGCCAUAUUAUUAGAAUCGUCUCGAUCUCUACUAACUUUAUUUUGAGUGGAGCAAAAUCAUGACUUAAAGAAGACACUGAACAAGCCUUUAAACAGUUGUUUUUGCUAAAAUGAUUUAUGUACCAUUUAAAUAAAGAGAUUUUAACAGCAAGCUAUUGUCUUGUCUAACAAUGUGCAUGUUUGUGUGUGUUUUAUUGAUACUUUGUUCACCAUGUUUAAGAACUGUAUUUAAUAAAAACUGAAAUCCACAAACAAACGUGUGUGACUUUUCUUUAACAUUUUUUGCUCGCUCGACAAAGUCUUGUGCGUGAGUUCACCUGUUUAAGUGCAUGGUGAGCGGGCUAAAGAGUCGGACGGGAUUUGCCCACUGCAGCUGAGAGGAACACGUCGCAUGCGAGACUGUAUUGUUCAAACGUUUGAAGAUGAGCUGAUUGCAACGGUAAAUAUGCAUAGACUGUCUCUUUCACUAAAUAAUGGAUUUCAUGCUGUUGUGAAGUCUAAAGACGGAGACGGUAUGUUGUUGAUCCAGUUGAUACUGGUGAUAAAUGCAUAUACCCAAACAGCACGG